UUUACUGACUUAAUAUUCAUGGCAAGAAAUCAGCAAGAAUGUAAUAGAGUAGAGAAACUGAUCAUACUCGAUUAUCUGAUCUGACUGUAGGAGUUUGUAACAUUGAGAAAGGAGAGAAAACAUUGACGGAUGAAGUGACGCAGGAAAUGAUGGACAAGUCUAUGGUUGAGGGCUGGAAGUGGCAGAUGGUGGCGAAGGUGGCGGUGGUGCUGGCGGUGGUGGUGGAGCCGGGGAAAGUAGAGGCGAAAAAUUGUGUGAUGCCUCCUCCUAUUUCUGGUCAAAGGUGUAGUAUCUUCGACCUAUUAAAUCAUCACAAAUUAGACGGAGUGAAAAGAAUAAAGGAUCGUCAACCCAAAAGUCUUGAAACCUUUAUAGAGACUUUUGGGCAUGUCAUGGAUACCACCAGACAAGUAGUGACUGAAUUCAUUAAUAUCGUCCACGAAAUAGCAAAGAAAAUCAAAGAGACGAAAGUGGAGGCGAGAAAUAUAAAAGUGGUUCCCAUUGUUCGCCAGCCUCCUCAUCCUCCUUUUUAUAGUCAUGACGACCCAGCAGUCACUCACAAAGGAGACGCAGCGAAAGGAGGAAAGAGUCGUCAAAGCAGAAGUCUUGAAACCUUCUUAGAGUCCUUUGCGCAUGGCUUAAAUGCCGCCAAGCAAAUACUGACAGAAUUCUUUACUGUCGUCCACGAGAGAGCAAAGAAUGACCGAUAUUCGAAAAAAACACUAGUCAAACAAAUCACAAGACAGUGAAUAUCGUGAACACUGUCGCCAGAAAAUAAAAGAGUAACAUUAAUUGCAUUGAUCUGUCCACUGUCGCCAAGCCAAGAGCUGGGCCGCGUCACCCUAAACACCAAUGUGACCACCUGACGCCAAGCUUCGUCUACACCACCUACAUGUAUGUGCUGCUUGAGGAGCGCCUCCAAGUUAUUGCCUGACUCUCAUUCCUUUCAUGCCUCCCGCUGGUUAACUCUGGAACUCUCAACCUGUUUCUGAUUUUAUUCUUUUUUUUUUUUCGUAAGAGACUCCUUUGGUAUACAUUUCUCUAGUUAAAUCUUGAAAAUGCUACACUGAUUACAAUUUCAUUUAUUUGUUCUCUUGACCAGACUCCUCCAAACAUAAAGAAAAUUAGAAUAUUAAGAAUAUUUUGCACGCAAUCCUGGAAUUUGACAAGAUACUUGAUAUUGUCUCCCUAUUGUUUCUUAAAUGUGGACUUAGUGUGUGCUGCCUCGACAGUCUGCAAACACUCUUGUGACUGUGUGCGUCGGGAUUGUCUGGUAUCUACUCCACGAGUGACGAGGCUGUUCAGACACACUUGUGGGUCUAUCAAAUAUGUCAUAACUAACGAUAGAAUUUAAAGCACAGGCAAAUAAAUGGAUAAACAUUAA